AUGAUGCAGUGCUUCGAGGAGGAAAUCGGCCUUCGCGAAUCAACCCCCACCUAUACGCACAGGCCUUGUGCCACAUACAACGCGCCAUUCAAGACCCGAAGGAACGGCUGUCUUACAACACAUUAUGCGCAGUACUACUCUUUCAGCGAAUUGAGGCGGUAUUUGGCGAGUGUCUUGCUCCUUUCAAUCAGAAAUAUUUGCAAGGCGGGCGAAAAAAUGAUCCAUCAAGCACUUGUCCAAGGGAAGGUCUGCUUCCUUGCCUCCGAAGAAUGGCAGCAACUGGAUGAUAUGGAGAAUCGAACAGAGGUUCAAGCUAUAUUCUAUCGUGUCCUGCGACAGAUGACACACUGGCCUACACUCCUUUGCGAGAAAAGGGCAAUUUUGUGUAACGAUGGUCGGACAACCAGUCUAACUGUGUUCCUGAAGGGAGCGCGAGAAGUAAAGAAGGCUAUGGAUGACCUCGGUCAAGAACUCGACACGCUGAUAAAGGCUCACCGACUCUGUCAAUACAUUCAGUCUACAUGCUUGUUCGACAUGGUUAGCGAGAUGUACAAGAUGGAUGAUACUACGGUUGGAAUGGUUCUAUGCUAUCAUGCAAUGUAUAGCAUCGUCGUUCUUCGGGUUAUCUGGUCUCUGGCGGAUCCUUUUGAUCAACUCAUUCUUGAAGCUGAGAUCUUGCAUCUAUGCAAGCGAGUGUGGAUGUUAAUCGAGCAUGGUCAGUCUGUUAACUGGGAGACACAAGAUCGAAUUAUUGAGAUUAUAAAUGAGUUGGAAAGGUUCCGAGAGCGAGGGCGGAAUACUUGGACCAGGGAAGGACUUAUAAAUAAGGCCAUGUUUUAUCGAGGCGACUGGGUUACUCACGUUGGCUAG